UUGAAUUAGUUUUAGCCAAUUCCAUAAGUAUGGUAGAAGCAGGGGUCUCAAAAGCAGAUAAGACUGAGUUCACAGAAUGCUGGCGAACAGUAUGGACGACGCCUUAUAUUAUGAAGCUUGCUUUCUCAGCUGGCAUUGGAGGGCUCUUGUUUGGUUAUGACACAGGAGUCAUAUCUGGUGCCCUUCUGUAUAUUAAAGAGGAUUUUGUUGAUGUUGAGAAGAAAACAUGGCUCCAGGAAACAAUUGUGAGUAUGGCUGUUGCAGGUGCUAUUUUUGGAGCUGGUAUUGGCGGAUGGAUCAACGACAGGUUUGGGAGAAGAAUAUCAAUUUUAGCAGCCGAUGUAUUGUUCUUCCUUGGUGCAAUUGUCAUGGCUGUUGCUCCAGCUCCCUGGGUGAUUAUUCUUGGAAGAAUAUUGGUUGGUCUUGGAGUUGGAAUGGCUUCCAUGACUUCACCGCUUUACAUUUCAGAAGCAUCUCCUGCUAGAAUUAGAGGAGCACUUGUUAGUACAAAUGGGUUGCUAAUUACAGGGGGCCAAUUCCUGUCCUACCUCAUCAAUCUAGGAUUUACCAGGGCUCCUGGAACAUGGCGCUGGAUGCUCGGAGUCGCAGGAGCACCAGCUUUGAUUCAGUUCUUCUUGAUGCUCACCCUCCCUGAAUCUCCCAGAUACCUUUACAGAAAGGAUCGGGUCCAUGAAGCCAGGGCCAUCUUGGAGAAAAUUUACCCUGCUAAUGAAGUUGAAGGAGAGAUGAAUAGGUUACAACAAUCGGUGGAAGCUGAAAAGGCUGAGGAAGCUAUUAUUGGCAAAGGCACGUUUUCUAGAUUAAAGGGAGCUUUCGGUAACCCUAUUGUAAGGAGGGGACUUUAUGCUGGAAUUACAGUUCAAGUAGCUCAGCAGUUUGUAGGUAUCAACACUGUCAUGUAUUACAGUCCAUCCAUAGUUCAAUUUGCCGGAUUCGCAUCAAACAGCACAGCUCUAGCUCUCUCUCUGGUGACUUCCGGUCUCAAUGCUGUUGGCUCAAUUGUUAGUAUGGCAUUUGUUGAUCGAUACGGAAGAAGGAAACUGAUGAUCAUCUCAAUGUUUGGAAUAAUUUCUUGCCUCGUUGUGUUAGCUAUUGUGUUUUGGCAAGCUUCAGUUCAUUCUCCCUCUAUUAGCCCAGUUGAAUCAUUUCACUUUGGCAAGAACAGCACAUGUCCAGCUUACUCCACAGCUGCAAAUCCAUCUAGAUGGAACUGCAUGUCCUGCUUGAAAGUAAAAUGUGGCUUCUGUGCAAAUAAAGGAGAUGAACAUCUUCCUGGAGCAUGUUUGAUUCAGGAUAAAUCAAACGAGGUCGUCUGUGGUGGAGAGCACCGCACAUAUUUUAAGAGUGGUUGCCCAAGUAGAUUUGGAUUCCUUGCAGUGAUCCUCCUUGGAUUGUACAUUAUAGUGUACUCACCAGGGAUGGGAACUGUUCCAUGGAUUGUCAACUCUGAGAUCUAUCCAUUGAGAUACAGAGGCAUUGGUGGAGGCAUUGCUGCAGUUUCUAACUGGACAUCGAAUCUCAUCGUCAGCUUGACAUUCUUAUCACUCACCGAAGCUCUUGGUUCUGCUGGUACUUUCCUCUUAUUCGCCGGGUUUUCUACCCUAGGACUCAUCGCUAUUUACUUCUUGGUACCAGAAACUAAAGGAUUACCGUUCGAAGAAGUCGAGAAAAUGCUUGAGAAAGGCUACAAACCCGGCUUAUUCAAGAGAAAAAGCAAAGAUGUUGAGGGUUCUGCUUGA